GCAUUUGGAAGGAGGGCGAUGUAUAAGUCCCGCUGUUGUUAUCCAUUGGACAUGGGAAGAAUGGGGAUUUUAGUACUUGAGAUGCGGGAUACCCACUUGCUUUCUUUUGUGCAAGCUAGCAGAUCUUCGUUUUGAGUUUGAAGUAGGAAGACUUUUUAUGCUUGAUUCUCAAGAUGGAUGGGUCUGUGCCUGAUGUUAACAGAGGCGGAUCUGCGCUUGGAGUGAUUUGGACACUCGAUGCGAUUGCGAUUCUCAUAGUUGGUGCAAGAUGUUACACGCAGAAGUUUGUGACGCGCCAAUUCGGCUUGAGUGAGAUCUUGGUGGUUAUCUCUGUGUGUGUCAUUACUGGCAUGGCGUCUCUCAUCUCUGUACAAUACCAUUAUGGCUGGGGACGACACUACGAAGAUAUUCCAACGGCAGAAGCUACACAAGCGUUGAAAUACAAUGCUAUAGGACAAUCGUUCGGUGUCAUGGGCUCUACAUUUGGUCGAUUGUCAUUCAUCAUCUUGAUGCUGAAGCUGUUUGGUACCACCAAGGCUCGAAGGUGGUCGUUGUGGGGUCUGUUCUGGGCACAGUUGAUCAGCAAUGGUGUUGUGGUUGUUACACUUUAUGUUCAAUGCGAUGAUAUUCGAGCUCUUUGGGACUUUACCAUACAAACUCACUGCUGGCCGGAAGAUGUACAGACUUACAUUGGAUAUGCACAUUCAGGAUGGAACGGAGCGACGGAUCUAUUUCUGACAUUCCUUCCAGCAACGAUGCUUUGGACACUCAAGAUGAAUGUGAAAACGAAGAUUGGUCUUUCGUUCUUGCUGAGUCUUAGUUUCUUAGCAUUUGUGGGAGUCAUCAUGAAAAUUGUCUAUCUCCGAGUUCUAGCUCACAGAGCAGAUUAUACAUACAACACAGUUCCAUUAUUUACAUGGGUAAUUGUGGAAAGUACCCUCGUCGCAAUCGCAAGCUCCGUCCCUCUCCUCCGACCCCUCUUCAUCAAAUUUAUCCCAGGCUUUGCAUCACAGCGAUCAAGCUCUUACGUCCUCAAUAAAUACGACUUCAAAAACAAGCAGCCAUCCUACGGCAGUGGUCGACAAUUCAGCAAACUUGGCGAAAGCAGCAAGGGUUCGAGGAAAGAGAGCGAUACUGGAAGUCAAGAGAUUAUUUUACCGAUUCAAGACACACAUGAUGCUAUUCUGAAAGAAGUCUCGUAUUCGGUCAAGGUGUCGGAUGUAGAGAAGGGGGAUGCCAAGCAUGGAAGGAGUGCGAGUGCGGUGGGACAUAUGGGGAAGGUGAGUCCGUGGGAGCAAAGUUGAGGUGGGGCAGUUGUGAUGAAGGGAAAAACGCUGUACAAUUACGUUGGAUGUACGGAGUAUGGGUAUGAUAGCAGGGACGUACAUAUCGCGGAGAUGUUUUGCGGAUAACACGAUACCUGGAGUUCUGGGGAGUUCUAGCAAUCGAAACAAGACCAUCAACCACAGCUUGAG